GUGGAAGGCUGGAAGCUAUUCAAAUUAAUACAUAUUACAUUAAAGCGACCAUUUGUAUUUGUUCGUACUUACAGUUGUACUUCAACAUGUCUCUCGAUAUCUCGAGUUGAAUGUCCCAGAUGUAUCGUCUAUAACUAUGCAAAUGCUUGGCUUCAGCGAGUGAUAAAGUCAAUCUUUGUAGUGUAAUGGAUCCACCGCACUUUCACUGAAACUUCGGUGCCCGGCCGUGCAAGCGUAUCUCCACAGAAACUUUAAACAGAAUGAUAGAUGCAGAAGAUUAUCGAAUCUGGCUCGCGGAGGAGUUCCGCCACGCCAUCGAUCGUUUCAGAGAGGACAUCAUUGACCAUGACCCUCUUCAGGGUAUAUGCGUAGUUGACAUCACUAUGGGUGACAAUACAUUCUCUGCUGUUAUAACUUUCCCUCUCGAUGGCACUCUUUCGGCGCAGAAUCCACCCUCGCUCGAGUUUACGGCCAAAACCAAUCUAUCCGUCGGACAACGUACGGGUAUUAAAUCGAUCGCCAGGAGUGCAGCUGUGAAUGCGCUGAUGGACGGCCAGUAUUGCCUGCUGCCUAUUCUGGAGCGAAUCCACGGCACCCUGUUGGUUUUCCAACAAGAGGAUGUGAGUCUGUCCAAGGAAUCGG